ACUCUUGCCAUGGCUGACAGCGCUACAGCUUAAAUAAAAAAUAAAACAACCCAUCUUCUCUUAGUUCUGUAGUUAUGCUUUAGCGACCACUUGGACUUGAUGUGAUGUCAGAUAAGCGUCAGCGUGCCAGAGUUCAGGGCUGCUGGGCGAAACAACUGCCAAAACACUCAGGUCCAACAGGUGCAGGCCCAAAUUGCAAUGAAUCCAAAAAUGCCAACGUGGCCUCUGGUUCUUGGGGUUUUGGGCCUCAGAAAACAACUAAAACCUUUGAGUUUCUCCAGCCCUCCCAGCCAAUUAGAGAUGUGCCACCAGAGAAGAUGAUAGAACAGGCAGGUGAUUUUGAGAUCAGCCAUGGACCAUCAGGGGUGUCCAGGCUGCGGCUGCUGCCUGGAUUUCUCUCCCCAGAAGAGGCCGACUGGAUGUUCAGUAAGCUGCUUGCAGAGCUUCCAUGGUCCCAAAAGACCAACUACAGACAAGGUGAAGCAUACGAGGAACCCAGGCUGACCUGCUGGUAUGGAGAGCUCCCAUAUACCUAUGCUCGCUCCACAAUGGCUGCAAACAUGCAGUGGCAUCCAUUGCUGGUAAACCUUUGCAAGGCAGUGGAGCAUGCGACUGGAUGUAGCUUCAACUCCCUGUUGUGUAACUUGUAUCGGGAUGGCCAUGACAGCAUUGGCUGGCACAGUGACGACGAAGCCUCAUUGGGUCCCAAGCCAACUAUUGCUUCUCUUAGUCUGGGCGACACCAGGGUCUUCAGUCUCCGCAAGCAGCCUCCACCGGAGGAGAAGGGUGACUACACUUACGUGGAGCGGAUUCGGAUUCCUCUGAGUCAUGGCACACUUCUGCUGAUGGAAGGAGCCACACAGGACGACUGGCAGCAUCAAGUGGCUAAAGAGUACCAUGACAGGGGCCCACGCAUCAACUUGACCUUCAGAACUAUCUACCCAGAGCCAGAGGGCCAGAGGCCGGGUACCAAAAUGCGAUUCACAGCCAAGUGACUGUAAAUCUUCCUCAGAGUCGGGUACUUGAAGCUGAAGAAACUCUGAUUCUACAUUUCAAACAGAGUGCUAGAUCUGAGGUGUGAACGGCUCUGCUUGGAUUUCCAGACUGUGUAAGUGAUUAUUAAUAUCAGUGUUGUGAGCAGUCAAGAUUAUCUGAUAUUAGUAUUAUAUCAGAAGAGCCAAAUGGCCCCUUUUACAACAAUAACAGCCACACCAGCCCUGUGAAUGAGAACAAGUUCCAACAACAUCCAUCUCUUUGGUCUGAAUAUUGCUUUUGUGAGUUACGUACGUUUAUUUGAUUUAACUUGACCUUUUGUUCAAUUUUCAUUUGAGCCACAUUUUUUAGGCUGAGUUUUAGUUUGAAGCCAAAAUGUGUGAUGUCAAUAGUACCAUGUUAUUGAAAAGUUUGUCCUAAAGCAAGAUCUGAGUACUCACUGUAAGGAAAUGUCCUUUAAGUAAAUUUACUUAAAGCUUUCUAUCUUUGGAGCUUUUUAUAAAGAGCUACCACAAAAAGAGAAGAAUGAAGUAAAGUGGCCACAACCACUGAAAUGCAUUUUAUUUUUCUUUUGAAUAAAAGUUAAUGAGUCCCUCAAAGAGCGAGUUCAUUUUGCAUUGUUGCUGAAACAUGUUCAAAGUCAAGGGAACACUACAAUGUUAGAUUCUGGAAUUUAUUUAUUCAAAUGAAUGUAUAUUUGGUAAUAAAUCACUGGGGAUUGCUGGAAACCUCAACUGUUCCUUUCUCUGUUGUAUGUUGUGGUUCAGCUUGUUUGGUUAAAAACUCUGAGUUUGUUCACAUAGAGAUGACGGAAACUGGGUUUUCCAUUUCAGAAAAAAGACAGAUCAGGUCAAAAUAAAAUCUGUACAUUCUCCUUCUUUAUAGGACUGACUGCACUGACAUUCAGGUUGUCAGCAGUUCCUCCACAAUGAAUCAUUUACCCUGCAUUAGUGUAGCAGUCAUAUAUCUGUAGGAAACUUUAGACAUAUAAGACACUGAGCAGUGAUCAGUCUUUUUUUUCAUUUUAUGAAUUCUUGGAGUUUAUUGAAAUAACUGAUCGGUUAAAGUUUGGGAACCAAAACUUGUGUUUCCCAUCUCAGAGUUAAUCAGGUCAGGAGUUUACAGGUGGACCCAAAGUUUGUUAAAAUGUUUAUGCAUGUGUGCUAUUCGUUGAUGGUUUUCAUAUCAGCACCUGCUCUUGCUUUUGAAUGAACAUAAGUUCUAAAACCUGCAAACUACACUUCUUCUUUGGUAAAUAAAAAAAACUUACAGGCCCUUUUUUGUUGUUUGUUGUGUUUUCUGUCUGUCAGGUUCUGUCCUGGUUAAUUUUACGGUCUCUCAAUAUUCACGUCUCUGGAAACCUGGUUCGGAUUAGGUUCACUUCUACCCUUGUACCAUCUACCAUCCGUUGCACUUGUCAAAGGCCUAGAAUGCAUCUACUUUUCACAGUCAUAAAACCACUAUGAUGGAGCAUGUCUAUUCUACAUUAAAAAAAAUU